AUGAACCCAUACAAGUCUGGAAGGCCAAUGCUCAUCGGCGUGUGGAAGUCGUGGCAGAAGGAGGGCCUCGACAUCAAGGACAUCGUGUGGCCGGGCAACAGCCACACGCCGCCGCAGGGCGUGCCCGAGAAGUUCCACCUGAAGAUCACCUUCCUGGAAGAGCCGCCCUACAUCAACCUGGCGCCGCCCGACCCCGUCACCGGCAAGUGCAGCAUGAACCGCGGCGUGCUCUGCCGCGUCGCCAACGACGUCGACAUGGCGGGGGUGGAACUGCCGAGCGCGCACCGCAACGGCAGCCUCUACCAGUGCUGCUCGGGCUUCUGCAUAGAUCUGCUGGAGAAGUUCGCCGAAGAGCUGGCCUUCUCGUACGAGCUGGUGCGGGUCGAGGACGGCCGCUGGGGAACCAUCGAGAACGGCAAGUGGAACGGUCUGAUCGCGGACCUGGUGAACCGCAAGACGGACAUGGUGAUGACGUCUCUGAUGAUAAACUCGGAGCGUGAGAACGCCGUGGACUUCACGGUUCCCUUCAUGGAGACGGGCAUCGCCAUCCUGGUCGCCAAGAGGACUGGCAUCAUCUCGCCAACCGCUUUUCUGGAGCCUUUUGACACGGCGUCGUGGAUGCUGGUGGGCGCCGUGGCGAUCCAGGCGGCAACCUUCACCAUCUUCCUCUUCGAGUGGCUCAGCCCUUCCGGCUUCGACAUGAAGCAGCAAGCGGCGCCGGCGCCCAACCACCGCUUCUCGCUGUUCCGCACCUACUGGCUGGUGUGGGCUGUGCUCUUCCAGGCCGCCGUCCACGUCGACUCGCCACGGGGAUUCACCGCACGGUUCAUGACAAACGUGUGGGCGAUGUUCGCCGUGGUGUUCCUCGCUAUCUACACUGCCAACUUGGCGGCCUUCAUGAUCACCAGAGAGGAGUUCCACGAGUUCUCCGGCAUCGAUGACCACAGGCUAGCGAAACCUUUUAGCCACAAACCCAUGUUCAAGUUCGGAACGAUCCCAUGGAGCCACACAGACUCAACACUUCACAAGUAUUUCAAAGAAAUGCAUGCCUACAUGAAGAAUUUCAACCGGUCAACGGUUGCAGAGGGCAUCGAGAGCGUUUUAAGUGGCGAGCUGGACGCCUUCAUCUACGAUGGGACGGUGCUGGACUACCUGGUUGCGCAGGACGAAGACUGCCGCCUGCUCACCGUCGGCUCCUGGUACGCCAUGACGGGCUAUGGCCUCGCCUUCACACGCAACUCCAAAUACGUACAGAUGUUCAACAAGAGGCUACUCGACUUCAGAGAAAAUGGGGACCUGGAGCGCCUGCGACGUUACUGGAUGACGGGCACGUGCAAGCCCGGUAAGCAGGAGCACAAGUCGAGUGACCCGCUGGCGCUGGAGCAGUUCCUGUCGGCGUUCCUGCUGCUCAUGUCGGGCAUUCUGCUGGCCGCCGUGCUGCUGCUGCUCGAGCACCUCUACUUCAAGUACGUGCGCAAGCACCUCGCCAAGACCGACCGCGGCGGCUGCUGCGCCCUCAUCAGCCUCAGUAUGGGCAAAUCACUGACCUUCCGCGGAGCAGUCUAUGAAGCACAGGACCUGCUAAGACAUCAUCGCUGUUCAGAUCCGCUCUGUGACACGCACCUCUGGAAGGUCAAACACGAGCUCGACUUAGCCCGUCUAAAGAUCAGGCAACUGCAAAAGGAGCUGGAAUCCAGAGGGAUCAAACCCAGUCAAAGAAAGAAGAAACGAGGCAGAAGCUGGGCAUCCUGUUUGAAUUGCAACGAGCUGCCUGCAGAUCGUCAAAUUAUGGACAGUACUGAUGUCCUGAAACACCGUGACAUGACAAGAAAUCAUAUUACUUCCACAGAGUAUUCUGGUCGCUUUGAUGGCAGUAACCAGUUGUUCAGGCCAUGCAGAACAGAAAUAGCAGAAAUGGAAACUGUACUGUGAUUCAUGUGCUAAUUGGUGUGUUGGCUGGUCCAAUAUAUUUUCUCAUAGCAACAGUAAAGUAUUCCUAAACCAACGAAAUGAAAUUUGUGAGAUAAAUCUAAAGCUGAUAAAGACAAGCUAACUUUGUACACAUAACACUUCAUGAAAGGUGUAAAUAUUUUAGUGGAAAAAAGAAACAGAGCAGCAGCAAAAAUACAUUAUGUAGUAAAUCGAGAAAAGGGUUUUCAGUUCAAAAAAAACAUGUGCUACCUAAUAUUGGGCAGUGUAUGGUAAUGAAUAAAAUGCAUGUACUAAAGGGCAUAAACAUAACAUAUUUUUUGUGAACCUGUGCAUUUGCAAGUGUGAGUGUGUGCAUAUGUGUGUGUGUGUGUGUGUGUGUGUGUGUGUGUGUGUGUGUGUGAGAGAGAGAGAGAGAGAGAGAGAGAGAGAGAGAGAGAGAGAGAGAGAGAGAGAAUACACUUGCAUCACCCCAGAGUGAUCAUCUUGUGUGCAACUACAUAUUUCAAUUAUGCAAAUGAUUGUUUUAUUGUAUUAUGAACCACUGAAUUUGCAUUAUUUUAGACAGCUUUUAACCAUAUGAUAUGUAACUGUUGAAAUACCACAUAAUCGUUUGUUUAAUUGUGCAAUGAAAAACCAAAAUGCUCAAAAAAUCAAAAUGGUGCUACCCAUGUAAUAAUGAGACAGCUGAAUUGCAGUUGCAAAUCCAACAGAAUAUGUUAACUGUUCUUGUUCAUGCACAUGUGCCAUGUUAUGACUUACAGUUGUUGUUAAAUAACUAUUUUUAAUGUUGUUAAUGUCACGAGCAGCUAUGUUCUUAUGUCAUAUACAUUAAAAUACAGCAUUGAGAGUCACAGCAUUUUAAAUGAGAAGAAAUUUCUCAGUACUUACAGGACACAGAAGUUUGUGAGUGGACAUGAACAUAAUGUCAUAGUUGUCAUGUACCUGAUUGAUUUGAAAAACAUAUAUUUUAGGUUUAGAAAUUUAUAAAGCUUCCACAGAUGAGCUAUAUAAAUGAAAUAUGUUUUCUAUUUUAUUCUUUGCUGAUUCAUUGUGAAUCAAUGGGGUAAAUUAAAAUAUAUUAUUGUCACAUUAUGUUCAUUUAUUUAAAAAAAUGAAUUAAAAUGUUCAAUGUAAUGUCCUGAUGUUCAUUUGAGACUACUUGAUUUGUAACCAUAUGACAGUAAGUGGGUAAUAGGAGCACUAGAAUUAUGAUUAUUGUUAACAUUAUGUGUAACACAGUGUACUGUCAGUAAUGACAAACAAAUAAGUCAGCAUAAUUAAUUCACAGAGAGAAACAAUGAGCAAUAUGAAACAUACAUGGCAGGAGUUUAUGAAUUCCAAAUGCUAUGGCUUCCAUUUUUAUUAAAAAAUAAAAAAGGGCAGAAGAUAUGAAAUACUUGAAAGUUUGUUAUGGUACCUGAAUAUGUUGUUGUGUUGCUACUUCUCAGUUUCAUACGUCUAUUUCUUUCAUAUAAAUGCAAAUAGUGCUGUUAUCAUAGAUUCACUAGUGUGAUAAAACAGAUUUUAUGUAAUGAGUUUUACAAAAGUGUAUUUGACAAGAAUCAAGAUAUUUGUCUAAAGCCUGCUGGAAACCUAACUUUUAUAAUUUUUAAAUAACACCCUUACAACUGUUAAAGCUUACUUUUUACAUAUAUGAUGCACAUGAACAACUAAUUAAUUGUUAAAGAUGAAACUGAAUGUCUAUUCUAUCAACAGUAAGAAGCUGAAGGAAUUUGAUUACUUUGAUACAUCAGAUUAUUCUGGCCUUAUAUUCAUUAUGGCAUAUUCACUGUGGAGUAAUAAAAGUCACUGAAUCAUACUUUUAAAUAAUAAGUGUUAAAUUUGUCACACUUAUUAUUCACAGUUAAUUAAUUUCAGAUAAAACAAUAAAUGUUGAAAUGAUGACCUCACUGGGCCACAAGACAGGAAUAGUCUACAGUUUUUUCAGCAUAGAUCUCUCCGUACUAUUAACAUAAUUGUAAACCAAAAAUAUUUGUCCUUAAUAGCUUUCACCUUUUAUACUGUUGUUGUACAUGUAAAACAAAGAAUAUGAAGAAUAUAACUGAUAUUUUGAAAAUAAAAAUUAUUUCAGUCUUCAAUUACUCCAAAGUAAUACAAAACAGUUACUUCCACUGCAUGGAGAAUAAUGCAGUGUAUCAGGGAAUGUGAAAUUUUAGCAAUUUAUAGUGCAUUCUUACAAAUCAUUCCUCCCCAAUGAACAAAUGCAGUAUAUUAAUAACAGUGGUAAAGAGAUUUUCCUCCAUACGUUAUAUCUGAAGCCACUUAAAUCAAUAUUUCCUUACCUCUCACAACUAUACUCAUAUUUUUGGUACUUUUUAUUAGUAGUACCUCUGUGGAAGCUCAUAUAAAAUGAUGUAAUUACUUUAAGACAUGUAGACAUAUUCAAAAUGUGUAAGUUAUAAUGUAAAUGACAUAAGAAUCGUUUUCGACAGAAAUAAGUCUAUAUAUUUCUUGUUGACCUUCCAUAUCUGUUAUUGCUUCCUUCUCUUAUUUGUAACAAAACUUAUUCUCCUUCAUCUACUUUGCCAGAGUCUAUACGAGUACAUUUGGGCAGUGCAAAACUAAAUAAAACAUAUAAAAAUAUUAUUGUUAACACAUUAAUGAAAUAUUUAUUACUACAAUAAUAUAUAGUAUACUGUUUGUGUACAUACUGCAUAAAUAUAAAAAUUAUAAAUAAUAUAUUGAACUCAAUAUGUUAAUAUUAUAAAUGGAAUAGCUUGUAAAAUACAUUAUGGCUAGAUGUACGUGUAUACAUACAUAUAUAAAUAUGUACUUCAUAAAUUGUUUAAAGCAAAUAUGUGCCAAAUAUUUUUUCCAUUGAAUGAAGACAUUAAUACAUGGAAAAAUGUAAAACAAACAUUGAUGUAGUUUUUUUAAUGGCAAUACAUAUUCUUCAGGUAUUCAA